UUUAUUACCCCCACUAGUUCUUCUUCUCCCGGGAGCGAUGACAGAUGACGUUUGCGAAACUCAUUAUGGGCCAGCAGCAAUAAAUAUCCAAAUGAUUCAAUGCCACACUUUGCUUAUAAGCAAAAUGGGCCUCUGGGGACACUGUACUUCCAGGCACCUCCUGCUAAAUCUUCUCUUUAUCCACUUAGCUAGAUAUACGUUUAUAUAUCUUCACUCUGCUCCCUUAGGCCAACACAAAAUGUGUGGCAGAGCAGGGCUGGUAUAUGUCAUUCUUUCCUGAGAGUUGUCUUUUUUGCAAAUAAAGUAGCAUGCUGCAGAGUGCAGGAUGUUUUAUGACGGCCUGCUCAAAGGAGUCAAACCGAUUUGGAUCAUUUCUUUCAACCCCCUAAAGCAUGAGUGCAAGAGGUAAGAGACAUGAAAACUAUUACUCAGGAUAGGCUCCACGGAAGGUUGAAUAAAUAAGUGAAAUCUAUAACAUUUACCUUUUUCUCAGGAUGAAGAAAGGUUGCGAGUUGUAUUGUCAGUCCGAGGGAUUGAAUCUAAAAUCCUUUUUUUCUUCACCAUGUGAGAAAGAGACUCUUAUCUCUAUAAAAGAACACAGCUUUAUUAAAUAAUCAAUAUUAUUUAACACUAACCCUUCUCAUCUACGGUUUUUAUGAGUCAUUAGCCACCAACUGGGUAGGUUUCAGAUUUGACAUUUACACCGUCAACAGCGAUUGAAGACAAAGCUUGUUAACUAACAUGUUAUGUUUGUCUCAUUUGUACAAAAAGUGGUGUAAAAAAAAAAAGGUUCUGUCUCCUACCUUUGAGUCACAAGCAUCUUGUGCCUCUCAGACAGGCAUACCAGUUUUUGUAGAAUAGCAACAUUCUCGAUGUUGAAAAAUAUGUUGCUGAGCAAACUGCACCUUGAUUCUGCACUGCCUACAACUGAAAGUGUGGUUUCUGAAGCUAAGGCGCGUCUCAGAAUUUUAAUUGUUAAUCGUUUGUACCUCGCUCAUAGGUGAACAAGUAGGACCAGUUCUGAUGCAGAAAAGAGCCGUUUGGCAGGUUGCGUUCAGCUUGUUAGUCGUGUCAUGUUCAUUUUGGCUUUUGUUUCAUCUUUUUAAAAACCCACCUCGGUGGGAGAAGAUCGAUGGGGAUGCACAUGGUGUUACUCAUGUGGUGACUACAUCAAUAAACGAUUAAAUUAAUUACUUUAUAGAUAUUUGAUUGUGCUGAAGUGUCAUACAGCUGUUAUGGUUGGUCCACCGCCAACAGGAAAGAGACAUCCGUCUCAUCAGCUGCACCUCACUAGGAAGUAGGUUUGACUCGUUGAACCAGAAGUUCUAUCUGUACAUGUCCCUUGCCUCUCAUUUGUUUUUGCGGGCAGAGUUUUCCAUACGCAGGUUCUCUGAGUACACAACUUCAACCGGUUUGUUCAUUGGUUCUUUGUGUGGACGACACUGUGAAUCUGAUCACAAUCAUCCAUCUACAGAAGGUUGUUCAAAGUAUGACAACAGUAUUUUCUCGCUGACUUUGGAAGGUUUUCCAAGGUAUUUGACUGUGCUGAAGUGUCACACAGUUGGCCCACCGCCUACAAGAAAGAGACAUCAUCCCUCAAACUCUGAAACAAUGAAGAUACCAGAUUCCAAGAAAACAUGGUGGAUAACAAAUAUAGUUGCUAUCUGCCUCUUUGGCUCUAUUUUGGCAUUCUUUCUCUAUUUAGAGCCUGCGUCCCCUGUUUGUUCCCCUAAAUACGCACCUGCGGAAAAACCUCAAGACGUGAAACCAAAUGAGAAGCCCAUAGUCCUGCUGUGGUUCUGGCCCCUCGGUGUGAGGUUUGACUUCAAAAUUUGCUCAACCAACUUCCAAAUUGAUAGCUGUGUUCUGACAGAUGAUAGAUCCCUCUACAGCAAGGCACAUGGAGUUAUUUUCUACCAAAAGAACAUCGCCUGGAAUUUGGACAACAUGCCACAGGAGCCACGUCCAGCUUUUCAGAAGUGGAUUUGGUUCCAUGUGGAAUCGCCGACAAACACAGGGAAGGUACCGGGUCUGGUCAACCUGUUCAACUUAACGUUGAGCUACAGAAGAUACGCUGACAUCAAUGUGAGGAAUGAUCUCACGAUCAGAGAGACUGAAGCGAAGGAGGACUUUGUUUUGCCCAAGAAAGACAAACUAGUGUGCUGGAUAGUCAGUAACCAUAACCCUCGAACAGGGACAGGUGUGAGAGAACAAUAUUAUCGUGAACUAUCCAAACACAUCAACAUCAGUGUCUUUGGUAGAGCCUAUACUGGGAAUGUUUUAAGUUAUGAUGAGUACUACUCAACAAUUGCUAGCUGUAAGUUUUACCUCUCAUUUGAGAACUCGAUCCACAGAGACUACAUCACCGAGAAGGUCAACGGGCCCCUCGUGGCGGGGACGGUCCCUGUAGUUUUGGGUCCGCCGAGAGAAAACUAUGAUCAAUUCCUUCCCGCCGACGCCUUCAUCCACGUAAAUGAUUUCCCCGAUGCAAAGUCACUGGCGGCCUUUCUGCUGGACAUGAAGGACGAGGCGUACGCACGUUACUUUGAGUGGAGAAAGUUCUUCACAGCCACCCCUCACCUGCUGUCGACUCAAAAAGAAUUCAUUCAGCCUAUCUGCCUCGCCUGCAAACACAUGUCGAGAGACAGGGAAUACCAUGUAAUGCACGACCUUUAUCAGUGGUACUUUAAAUGAAAACAUUAAAGAGAACGUCCCUUGGUGUUGCUCAACCAUGUGGAUAAAUACAUAAGUAUUAUGCAGAGUGUAUUCCGUUUUCAAGUACAUGUGAUGAACUGGAAUUGUUGUACAUUUUUGGAAUGUAUUGUCCCUUUUUUAGAAAAUUAGCUUAGCUUGAAGGCUGUAAAAAAAAGGUAGAAGCAGCUAGUCGGUAUGGUUCUUUUGUUAAUGUUAGUAAUAUUAACAUUUGGAUAACCUCCUUCAAACUCUUCCUUACAACCUGUAGUCCUCCCCCACUGAAUGAUUCAGCGUGUUUUCUGAAGUUAGUUAGUUAGUUCCUUUGUAUGUUCGUCUUUUUGCCUUGCUGCUAGAUGAACAAGUUGGACCAGUUGGGAUGCAAACAAAGAGGCUUUUAUCAGGUUGUGUUCAGCGUGUUAGUUGUGUUAAAUGUUCAUUCUGGCUUUUAUUUCCUUUUUUUACAAACCCACCUCAGGGUGGGAGCAGAUGGAUAUGGAUGUACAUGGUUUUACUCAUGUGGAGACAAAAAAAAUAAAUGAUUAAAUAAA